AGCUUCAGCAUGCCCAAGCCGCACAACACAAGAUCCGCACUCACUGCAGCCUGAACCCGCUCGCUUUACCAUAGGAGCCACCAUUGUUUCCCCAGAGUGAGCGCGACGACUACAGCAACGACAUGUGGGACGACGAGGACAACAAUCCGUAUGGAUCCUUUGCCCGCCAUGAUUCCAACACAUCAGACAUUCCCGGUUUAGCUUCGCCCGCUGCCCUCCCCUACCGUCCCGCGACUCCGCCCUCUGAGGCUUCGUCCCCCGCACAAGAGUCGCCCGAGUAUGUCUCGCAGCGGGACAUGGAUAGCGUCGACUAUGACGAAGAGCAGCAGGACCAUGCAGACCCCAAGGCGCCCAAGAAGGGUGGUUAUGACGCGCGCGUGGAACAAUGGCUGUACGAGCACCCAGACCAACUGGUACUGAUCACGAGCGCGGGGAAGGACGGUGUCAACUACAUACAGUACACCAUCAAUUGCGGCGGCCUCGAAGUAAAGCGCAGAUACUCCGAGUUCGCAUCGUUACGCGCCGAGUUGGUCAGGCUGCACCCAACGCUCAUCGUACCGCCGAUACCCGAGAAGCAUACCAUGGCCGACUACGCCGCGAAACCGACAAAGGCAAAGGAAGACGCUGGCAUCAUAGAACUGCGGAAGCGCAUGUUGGCCGUCUUCUUAAAUAGGUGCAGGAAGAUGAAAGAUAUUCUGGAAGACGGUGUAUUCUGGAGGUUCCUCGACCCAUACACAAGCUGGAAUGACGUACUUACUAGCCCGCCUGUCUCCAAUAUACCCAAACAGAUCCUCAAGGCACCUCCGCUCGACCCUGCGAACCCUUCCCAAGCACACAGCUACCUUCCAGUUCCCUCGUCUUCCGCCAAGUUGAAGUCAGGCGGCGCUACAUCCAGCUCUGGUACGCCAGUAUCACCAGCCAACAAUGCAGCCAUGCCUUCAGCGGCCGCGCACACAACACCAGGUCCUGCUAUCUUCGGUCGCUUCCCUCCCGAGACGCGGGACAUGUCAGAGGAAGAGCUAGACCCAUACUUUGUCAGCUUUGAGAACUCAUCAAAAGACUUGGAGCACCUGCUACAGGGACCAAUGGAGAAGGUCAACAGACGCCUGCUUAUGCAUCUUGGAAACUGGGGAGAGGACAUGGCGGAUCUGGGCGCCCGCUUUAAUGCCUUUUCGCUUUCCGAACAAACCCAAUCUCUUGCCGCGGCCAUAGAAAAGACGGGCCAAGCCGUUGAUUCCACGUAUAUUGCGACGACCGAACUCUCUUCUUCACUCAGCGCAGGCUUCUCUGAGCCCAUGCGUGAGAGCGCACAGUUCGCCGGUGUUGUACGCUCGACACUAAGAUAUCGAGUGCUCAAGCGGAUACAGGAGGAUAUGACCAAGGACGAACUAGAGAAGAAGCGCAAUUUACUCGAAUCGCUUGAACGUAGCGAAGCAGAAUCGAAGCGACUGGAACAACACCUAAGUGGCGUUGGUCAUCAGCCGCCGCGAAGUCGCGCUGCGUCGAACAGCUCACAGCGCAGUAGCGGCGAUGCAGAGCAACAUAGGAGAUCGGAGGAAGACAGGGCGUCCAUUGAUUCUGACUUCCCACCCACACAUGGUGACACACCAUCUAGUGCACAGGGCGCUCCUGAUAGCCAUUCACCACCCACAAGUCCGCACAAGAAAACUGCGAGUGGUAACUUUGUCACUAACAAGCUCUUUGGAUCCAUUACACACGCCUUUAGGGGCAUGGCAGAUGUAGACCCUGAAAAGACACGGAGAGAUCAGAUCGGCAAGACAAGGGACAGUAUGGUACAGCUCGAACAAGCGCUGACUGUCGCUGAGAAAGACACCAAAGACGCAAGUUCAGGCGUGAUGAAGGAUCUGCGGAGAUUCCAGAGCGAGAAGGAGGACGAUUUACGACGUUACAUGAUGGAAUUCGCUCAAUGUCACAUCGACUGGGCAAAACGGAACAAGGCCGCUUGGGAGGAAGCCAAGGCCGAAGUCGAAAACAUUGCGCCACAGUCCUCAGAAGAAUACCCCAGGCAACCUGAGGACUUUGAAGCACGGGAGCAGUAA